GUUCAAGAUGUUCACAGACAAUACAAGAGGGUCAUCUAAUCAAUUGUCGGGCACAUAUUGGAGAUACAUGUCAGUAUGAAUGCACUAGUCCUUUCCAAAUAAACCCCUCUUCUCCAACUAUUACCUGCAAUACAAAUCGUGAAUGGAGUCAUGAUACUACAGAUUUAUGCGUACAACUGUGUGUAUCAACAAUCCCUAAUGGAACACUAGGGUCAGAUUGCCAAAGAGUAAUAGGAAGUAACUGUUCAUUCACGUGCGACAUGGGUUACGAAUCUUCCAUCACCUCUUCACACAUUAUUUGUACCUCAAACGGCACCUGGAACAAAAUGACUGAUGAUUUAUGCAAACUACAACUGUGCGUAUCAACAAUUCCUAAUGGAACGCUAGGGUCAGAUUGCCAAAGAGUAAUAGGAAGUAACUGUUCAUUCACGUGCGACACGGGUUACGAAUCUUCCAUCACCUCUUCACACAUAACUUGUACCUCAAACGGCACCUGGAACAAAAUGACCGAUGAUUUAUGCAAACUACAGUUGUGUUCAUCUACAAUCCUAAAUGGAACAUUAGAUUCAGAUUGCCAAAGACUAAUAGGAAGUAACUGUUCAUUCACGUGCGACACGGGUUACGAAUCUUCCAUCACCUCUUCAAACAUUAUUUGUACCUCAAACGGAACCUGGAAUAAAAUGACCGAUGAUUUAUGCAAACUACAACUGUGUGUAUCAACAAUCCCUAAUGGAACACUAGGGUCAGAUUGCCAAAGAGUAAUAGGAAGUAACUGUUCAUUCAUGUGCGACACGGGUUACGAAUCUUCCAUCACUUCUUCACACAUUAUUUGUACCUCAAACGGUACCUGGAACAAAAUGACGGAUGCUUUAUGCAAACUUCUGACUCAGACUCUAACUCUAUACCUGUCUCCCCUGGAAUACAACAUCAUGGGGAUAACACUCCCAGGGGUAGACCCCAAAAACCUGCCCUUAGAACCACAAAGAUCAAGCUGGUUCUUCAGGUUACCUAACAAUAUGGGGAGAACACCCCCUGAGGUUCUACCUGCUCAAAAACAAUACAAAAUGGCCAACUCGUCAAUUGUCGUGGAAACCUUGGAGAAACUUGUUGUACAACAGUGUGUAUCAACAAUCCCUAAUGGAACACUAGGGUCAGAAUGCCAAAGAGUAAUAGGAAGUAACUGUUCAUUCACGUGCGACACGGGUUACGAAUCUUCCGUCACUUCUUCACACAUUAUUUGUACCACAAACGGCACCUGGAGCAAAACGACCGAUGCUUUAUGCAAAC